AUGGGUAUGGAUGAACGAAGAAAUACUGCCGCACUCGCACCAUCUGAGUCGUCUACUUUGGUCAAUCAAACUCUUCACAAGAAGUCUGCCUCGGACGCAUCCAGCCGCUCUAUCUUGCGGUCGAGCUUAGACUUCAAGCGGAUUAAAGAAGAAGAUAACUCAGCUGCUAAACGCAUCAGUAUUGAGGGUCAACAGAAACUACAAGAGGACUUCAAUCGAUUGCAGCUACAGCGGCAGCAGGAGGCGGAGAAGCAGAAAGCGGAGGAGGCUAUCGACUGGGAUAACGAAGACUUCUGGGGCGAGGUUGUGUCGGACUAUCAGAGAUUUGCUUCUGAACACCCGGAUCAGUUGGCUGCUGCCAUUGAAAAAGGCAUUCCGAGUACAUUGAGGGGUAUGGUCUGGCAACUAAUGUCCGCCUCAAAGGACCCAGGAUUAGAAGAGACGUACCUGAAACUCUUGAAGGAGAGCAGUCCUCACGAGAAGGCCAUCUCGCGAGAUUUGGGCAGAACAUUUCCUCACCAUGAAUUUUUCACGGACGGACAAGGGAUUGGGCAGGAGAAUCUUUUCAAUGUCUUGAAGGCGUACUCCCUGUAUGACCCCCAAGUCGGGUACUGCCAAGGGCUACCGUUCGUCGUGGCUAUUCUCCUCCUGAAUGUAGGGAUGCCGGAUGAAGAAGCCUUCUGCCUUCUCGUACGGCUCAUGUACUCCUACGACCUGCGUGGUCAUUUCCUACCGGAAAUGCCCAAGUUGCAACUCCGUCUGGUAAGGCCCGGCAGUGACGGCGUUGUUGAUAGAAGCAAGGUUGAUCUUUUCAUAUGCAGUUCCAGGCAUGCGGAGACAAUGGGUGACAUUGUACAGUUUGAUCGUCUGAUAGAGGAGAUGUUGCCUGUACUUCAUGUGCACUUCCUUCGACAAGGGAUCAAGUCCAGCAUGUUUUGCUCACAGUGGUUUCUGACGUUGUUCAGUUAUCGGUUCCCCUUGGACAUCGUGUUUCGAAUAUUUGACAACUGCCUAGCGAGCGGCAUCGAAUCCAUCUUCGGUUUCAGUCUAUGCCUUCUGGCAAAGAAUGAGGAAAGGCUACUAUCUCUGAAAUUCGACGAGAUCCUCGCAUUUCUGAACAACAAAGUAUUCGAACGCUACCAGGUCCACGACGAUGCCAGCUCCCCGGAACGCGAGGCGAAGAAGAUUCCAAAGUACCGAGCGGAUGAAUUUGUUCAGGAUGCCGUGUCCCUGAAGAUCACCCCGUUCAUGUUAGAUGCGUAUGCUCAUGAGUACGAAGAUAUGUGUCGUGCCCGUGAUGCUCAUGCCCUGGAGCUGGAUGCCCUGCGGAAUAGCAACCGUAAUCUUUCAGCGCAAGUCAAAACUUUGGAAUCCAGCUUAGCACAGCUGAACACGGAACAUGUUGAAGUCCUGAAUCAGCUUGUCAUGGCGCGGCUAAAAAACGAGGAAAUAGAAGGCGAACUUGUCCGUUAUAAAUUGCUUUGCGGCUCAUCGCUCAUUGGAUACACGAUGGCCCACCUCUCAGAGUCAGUCUCCGCGACUUUUUCUGCCGACUGGCACCAGAAUAUUGAUUGCUCGUCAGCCAACCUUCCAGCGAGGCCACAAAACAAGAGACGGCAAUUCUCAUCCUCGGAGGCCUCUCACGCUAAGGGAUCGUCACGGUCGUACGAUAGAAGUGUUGCACGAAAGCAUCCAUGGGUCCUCUACGCCGCCCUGGGCUUGGGAGGGGUGGGUGCUGUUGCGUACCAGACGAAUAAACCGUUCCGGCAUUCCGUCCUAGCUGUUGUACGAUGCUCCAGGGUUGCCUAUGCUGCUAUUCGCGGGAUUAUUGAUUACAAAUGGACAUUCGCGAGUAACUACACCUCAGAGGAGGCUAAGCGGGAUGCAUAUUCAAAGUGCCAUAGGCGGAGUGCACACCGAGUCCUCAGAGCACUGCUUGCCAAUGGAGGCAUAUUCAUAAAGCUUGGCCAGCACAUGUCUUCAUUAGUUGUCCUGCCAGUGGAAUGGACGGGUACCAUGAGGCCCCUCCAAGAUCAAUGUGAACCAACGCCAUAUGAUGAUCUUGAAAAGCUGUUCCUAUCGGACAUGGGUCAAACUAUUGAGGAUAUAUUUGACGAAUUCGACCCCAAGCCCAUUGGCGUUGCGAGCCUAGCGCAGGUACAUGUGGGUCGUGACAAGGAAUCUGGGAGACGCGUUGCUGUCAAGCUACAACACCCACAUCUCGCCGAGUUCUGUGACGUGGACAUGAAUAUGGUGGAGGUUGCUCUCGGCUGGAUAAAGUCGUGGUUCCCAGAAUUCGAAUUUACCUGGCUCGGCGAGGAGAUGCGGGAGAAUCUGCCAAAAGAGAUGGACUUCACGAUAGAAGCAAAGAACGCCGCGCGUGUGGAGAAAGAUUUCGAGGACAUCCGGACGUCUCUCUACAUACCAAAGGUUAUGACAGCGAAGAAGCGAGUGCUCAUCAUGGAAUAUAUUCAAGGAGGCCGCGUGGACGACUUAACCUACCUCGCAGAUAAUAAUAUUGACCGCAACAAGGUGUCCUUGGAGCUUGCACGAAUCUUUGCGCAGAUGGUGCACAUCAAUGGCUGGUUCCAUGCAGUACGUGGCCUUGCUUAUACUUGGGUACCACAUGCUGAAGUGUUACAGGAUCCCCACCCUGGUAACCUGCUCAUCCGCCCGGCGCCGCUAUCGUCGAAAUCACCGUAUAAUUUCGAGAUUGUCUUGCUUGAUCAUGGGCUGUACUUCGACCUCGAUACAGCUUUGCGGAUAAACUACAGCAAGUUCUGGUUGUCCUUGAUAAAGUCGGCUUCGCCAGAGACUAUCGCUGAACGGCGACAGUAUGCCCAGUUAUUUGGCAAUAUUGGACCUGACCUGUAUCCCGUCUUCGAGGCUGCUAUCACGGGACGGGCCACAUUGAAAGGGCAGGACGAAAGAGACGCGGGAAAGGAACAGAACGCGUUUAAGAGGGCUUCGAGUAUGCUCGACAUCAGUCCUCCCAGUGAAGAGGAAAUGGAUGCGAUCCGUGAGGCUGUCAUCAACAACGAAGGGAUCCUAUUGUCUGUCUUCGAUGUCUUGCGCCGCGUGCCUAGGAGAGUGCUCAUGGUUCUUAAACUGAAUGACCUGACGAGAAACCUCGACCAUGCACUAAUGACUACGCACUCAAAUAUACGGGUCUUCCUCAUCAUGGCAAAAUAUUGUGCAAGAGCGGUCUGGCAAGAUGAUCGUACACGGCUCGUGGAUGAAAUGCGGGAAAGGGGGCUCGUUUCUAUUGGCCUCCUGUGGGAGUACUUCGCCUGCUGGUGGCGGUAUGAGAAGCUCCGAACGAGUUUUGCAGUCGUCGAAUGGGCGAUGGACUGGAAGGCACAGCUGAUAAAAAUCACAGCGUGGCUGAGAGGGCUAAGAUCCAGAGGUUUAGAGGGGGCAUAUAGAGCGGCUGCGGGACUCGCAUGA